CUGAUAAGGAUAAGCCUAUAUAUGUGAACUGAGUGAAGCAGGUGUGUUGUUUUUAAACUGGAAUAUUUGUCUGAAACUGUGCAACAGCUGCUAUAGCACUAUUCAGGCAUGACUGCGAUCUUCACAUUGCUGAGUUUGAUAGUGAUUGUGGCAAUGGUGAGCGUGGGUAUGGGCUUGCCACUGUCACCAUUACAGAGUGGAAUGGAUAAUACUGCACCGAAAUCUGGUGACAGGAGACAGUUACAGGUGCAAAGAGCCAUUCAGAAUCGUGAAGCAAGAAUGGAGCGAUUUGCUUCUUUACCAGAUGAUCAGCGCCAGUUCAUGUCCAAACAGCUCCUGCAGGCUCUUUCAGAAAUUAUACAAAGGGAAGACUGCUUUUCAGACUAUCAGGGAUGGGUGGAUUUCGGACGCAGGAGCACUGACUAACAUAAACAUGAACUGUAACACUAUAACCAUUCACAACACCCUGUAUUUCAAUAAAAUAAUUUUAUUGAAUGCA